AUGGGAGGCCCAAUGAUUGCAGAGCGAUACGACAGCUUGGACCAACUCAUCAAGCAACGAGCUCAGACGCACUCUCAAGACCCACUGUUGUCCUAUCCCAGCAGUGAUGGGAAACACUUUACAGACUAUACGGGAACAGACGUGGAAUUUCUCACGCGUGCGGUCGCUUCUCACUAUGCGGCCGCUGUGGGCUUCUCCCACUAUACAGCGUCGUCGUCGUCGUCGACAAACGACAACGAUGUCGUGGGAGAAGUCCCCCGGAUUGCGUUGAUUGGAACGUCCAGUAUAGAUUACUACAUUACGUUUCUUGCUGUGCAACGAUUGGGCUGGACGACGAUUUUGAUUUCGCCGAGACUGGCAAUGGAAGGUUUCGCGCAUCUUCUUACUACGACGAAGUGUUCUGCAGUCAUUGUUGCAGAGUCUUCACAGAAUGUUCUGGAGAGCGUGGAUCAGAUGUACUCGUUGGGUUUGACUCGGGUUCCCCUCGUGGAGAUUUCUCGUAUUGCAGCAGAAGAUCGCGUGGCAUCAGCAUCAGCAUCAUGGUCAUCAUCAUCCAGCAUCGAUCGACGCCCCCCCUUGGAACUCCGUGAGCCCGGGCGUGGUCACGAGAUUGUUAUCCAUAGUGGCGGUACGACAGGGCUACCGAAGCCCGUGUGUAUCAACCCCGUCACAUGGCUGGCUCAAGCUGCCGAUAUUGCUGCACGUAUGCCUCGCGUGGACACCCUGUCCACCUUACCGCUGUUCCAUAGCUUUGGCUUGGCGACUUUACUCCGCUGUUUGAUCAACGGCAAGAGACUUUCGCUUCUCGAUGCAGGCCGCCCCGUCACUGCGUCUAUUGUGGAGUCGUCUCUCCAACUCACUCAUUCUCGCGCUGUCGUCACGGUUCCAUAUGUGCUCAAGUUCUUUGCGGAAGCCGAGGGCGGCUUGCAACGCCUUGCGCUGUUGGAUCAAGUCGUUGCUGCGGGUUCGACUAUACCAGAUGACUUGGCUGCCGAGUUGCGAAAACAUCAAGUCCACAUCUUUCACUUGUAUGGCCUGACUGAAGCGGGGGCUCUGAUGGAGCCCACGCCCGAUGACUUUCGCUGGGUGACACCCUUACCGCAUGCGAAGCCAUUUCUGCAAUUCGACCCCGUGGGCGAUGAUGGUCUCUAUCACCUCACGGUCCUCCCAGGCCUCAAAGCCAAAGCCUAUUCCAGCAGUUCAGAUGGGUCCUACGCGACCAAAGAUCUCUUCUAUCGACACCCUGAAGACCCCAACAAGUGGAAAUUCGCCACCCGACAAGACGACAUCAUCGUGCUCAUCAAUGGCGAAAAGGCAGACCCCAUCCCCAUUGAAGAUUCCGUCGCCCACAACCCUCACGUCUCCGUAGCGGUGGCAUUCGGCGCGGAAAGGGACUCUCUGGGUUUAAUCGUCAUCGCAUCCGACUCUGCAGCGCACUUGAGUGCAGCUGAAGUCCUCGCGAGUAUUUCGCCUGAUCUCGCAGCGGGAAAUUCUCGAGUGCCUGCAUAUGCUAGAAUUUCUCUUGAACAGGUCAUGAUCAAGCCUGCGGGAACGCCGUUUCCUGUGACGGAUAAAGCGACGGUCAAGAGAUCGCUGUUUCUGAAACAGUUUGCGAAAGAUAUUGAAGCGCAUUAUACGGAAAUGGAGGGUGCGAAAUCUCUGCUGGUGCACGAGGAUGUUGUGAUGAGUGAUGGGGAAGUUUUGGAUUUGGUCCGGGCGAUAGUUUGCGAUGUUCUUGGUUUUAAGGAGGCCCAGUCCGAGGAGAAGACGAUACCUCAUAUGGAUGAUAUGUCCGACUUUUUCACGUUGGGAAUGGACAGCCUUAAAGCUUCGCAAGUACGAUCGAAAAUUCUGCGUUCCAUCUACCUCGGCGGUGGUGGUGGUGGGAAGAAUAAACUGGCGACGAAUGUCGUCUUUGAGUAUCCGACCGUGGCUCUGUUGACGGAACAUCUUCUCAACCUUCGAAAGGGAGAUGUUGUUGUCAAGGAUGAUGCGGAAGAGAUUGCUCGUGCUCUGGUGCUCAAAUACUCGCAAUUUGACACUUGUGACCCUGCUAUAAUUGCUGGGACAUCUUCUUCUCGCGUAGUGCUUCUCACAGGGGCAACAGGUGUCGUGGGAGUCCACAUUCUCCAUCAUCUCCUCCAAAACGACACCAUCUCCAAAAUCUACUGUCUCAUCCGCGCCUCAGAUGAUGCUCAAGCACUCACCCGCAUCCACGAUACCCUGCACAAGCAUCGUCUCCUCAAAGGACAAACAUCCCAUCUCCACCAACUCCUCACCCAGAAGCUAUCGGCAUUCUCCUGCGACUUCAACAACGUAGAAGAUAAUUUGGGCUUACAACCCGAAACUCUCCAUCUCUUCCGCUCCACAAUCACCCACAUCAUCCACAACGCCUGGUCCGUCAAUUUCAACCAAUCCCUCCGAAGUUUCGACCGCGGCUGUAUCUCUUCCACACAUUUUCUCCUAAAUCUCGCCGCUACUUCUCCCACCCGCCUCCUCCCUCCCAACAAGAAACAAAAACAAAAACCUUCUCUCACCUUCAUCUCCAGCAUCGCAACCGCUCUCGCCGCCCCUACCUCCGUCGCAGAAGAUCUAGUUCCCUGGUCAUACGUGGAAGAGCGAAUGGGCUACGCGCAGAGUAAAUGGGUCGCAGAACAACUUCUCGCGUCAGCAGCCGCUACAGCGGAAAUUCCUGUGCGAAUUGCGCGAUUGGGCCAGGUUUGUGGGGAUUCGGUCGAGGGAUUGUGGAAUCCUGCAGAGGCUAUUCCGACGAUUGUGAGAACUGCUGUUACGCAGGGUGUGCUCCCUGGUGAGGAGGAAGAAGAGUUGCAGUGGUUACCUGCCGAUGUGGCUGGGCAGGCGAUUGUUGAUGUGGCGGUUUAUGAAGAUGAAGAUGAAGAUGAUGAUGGAGAAGAAUCUCGUCUUUUGCAAGUUUUCAACCUCGUCAAUUCGACUUUUCCAUUGUUCUGGAAUCAGGACUUCCUGCCCUUUUUACAACGUGCAGGUCUCUCGUUUGAAAUCAUUUCUGGAAAAGAUUGGGUAAAGAAGUUGGAGAAGUAUUCUUCAAUACAGGAUGAACCUGCUGUGAAAUUGUUUGAUUUUUUCAAACACAAUCGAUUCACGGACACAGCAUAUGUCUGA